AUGACAGACUCUGCAGCAGCUGCAGCAGGAGUUCCUCUGGCUGUGGACUUCAGCAGCCCUGAGCACUACCUCAUCUUCAUCUUUCAGAUCUUAUUUGCCACUACAACAGUCCUGGUAGCAGGGACGGUGGUGAUCGGGAUCUCAGCAACCAGAGCGCUCCGCCUUCAGAAUCGCUUCAUUUUCAUGCUGAACACCAGCAUCUGUGACACUUUGGUGGGCUUCUCUGUGUAUUAUCUGGGCCUGUUUGAUGUUCAGGAGAGCUAUCCAUCCAGAAACGGGACAUUCGGCAUUUUAAGGGAUCUCUUAGGGAUCAACAUACUGAUUUUUCUGUUUGCUCAGUUUGACAGGUAUUUUGCUGUGUGUUAUCCAUUUGUCUACAGUCGUUUUAUAACAAGGAAGGUUGUAAUAGGACUGAAUAUUUACUGCUGGGUGUACAAUGCCGCCCACCUGCUGGCGAGGAACAUGCUGCCAGUCUCCAAAGCAAUGCAGCUUUAUGUUUUCAGCAUUGUCUUCUUACAGCUCAUAGUGGUCACCAAGGUGGUCAUGACCAUCAAACUUUAUGUCAUAGCUAAGUAUCAGCUGGAGAGGGACCCCCCAGGUCCUGACAGAGAGAGCAAGAAGGAGUCACUGAAGAUCAUUAUUUUCGUUGUAAUAAGCUUCUUGGCGCUGUGGUGCCCCUCUUUCGUGAAUAUUACCAUCAAAUUUUUCACAGGAGGGGGGCUGGUAUUCAGAAAUGAGGCCACGAACCUUUUUGCCAUCUUGGCCCGUUUGAACUCGGUAUGCACCCCCACCGUGUACAUCUGGGGGAGCCCAGCUCUGCGGAAGGCCACGAUGAGGACAGUGUGGGGGCGGGUGUGCCCUCGAUGCAGCAGGAGAGUUGGUUCCUGUCCAAAGGCAGAUCCUGGAAAGGUGAUGAGAUAAUCCAAUUUUUUUUUACAAUGUGAGGCAACCAGUCGAACACCAACCCAAAGGCAAUAACCAAAG